AUGUCAGAGCAGUACCGACCUUCUCUAGACGACCCUGCCGUUUGGGUUCCUUACCGCUAUCACCCUUCACGGACUGCAGCAAUCAUCUUUGUUGUUGCCUUUUCCCUAACAACCCUCUUGCAUACCUUCCAGUUAUGCAAGAGAAAGACCAGGUAUUUCAUACCUCUGGUUGUCGGUGGCAUAUUUGAAAUCUUGGGUUACGUCGGAAGAAUUCUCUCUACCAACGACCUCUGGGCUCUAGGCCCAUUCAUCAUGCAGUCGCUGCUCCUGCUGAUUGCCCCCGCCCUCUUUGCUGCGUCCAUCUACAUUGUGCUCGGGCGUAUCAUACUUAUGGUCGAUGGCGAACAAUACUCUCUGAUCCAUCAAAAGUGGCUCACGAAGAUUUUUGUGGCUGGCGAUGUAAUCAGCUUCCUGGUUCAGGCGGGAGGAGGUGGUAUCCAAGCGGCUGGUUCUCUGGCACUGCUGCACGCCGGAGAGAAGAUCAUCGUCGUGGGCCUGUUCCUUCAGCUCACUUUCUUUGGGUUUUUCAUCGUCGUCGCAGGGCUCUUUCACUACCGUUUCGCCAAAGCCAAUGCUGGAGCGGCAUCUAGAUGCACAGACGAGUCCGGUCAUGAGCACUCCUCCAAGCGCGAUUUACACCGCCACUCUUCGAACUCACCCACAAGUUAUGGAGAUACGCGACAUCCAGCCCUCAGUGUUUACAAUUUACCCUGGAAACGCCACAUGUACGUGUUAUACGUCGCAUCUGCCUUGAUCAUGAUCAGGAGCGUAUUCCGUGUGGUGGAGUACUUGCAAGGAAACAACGGGUAUAUCCUGCGGCAUGAAGUCCAUCUGUACAUUUUUGAUGCUCUCCUGAUGCUGAUUGUCAUGUGCCUGUUCAACUGGAUCCAUCCAGCGCAGGUUACGGGCCUGUAUCACCAGAGGAUGGCGGAAAGCGAUAUGUAUACGAUGGAAAUGCAUAAUAGUCACAUACAGCACGAAACGGUUUAG